CAUUUAGUAGGCGCUGCGGUACGUAUUAUUAUGCGGUCGUUGUGUGUAGUAUGGUUGGGAUCGCUGGUAGUUUUUUAGAGGCAGAUACCUCUGUCAAUUGAAAUAAUUAUUAGUAUGCAUAAAGUAUAAUGUCUCCUGCCAUACUUUUAGUAAUCAUGUCUUUACGUUGAUACCCGUAAAACGGAAUUUUAGGAUCUACACUAAAUCCUUCUGGUAAACAUGCCUGGUGUUGCAAUGAAAUAUGAAAACGGAAAACUUUUAUCUGACAACCUUUGUGAAGCAGUGAGAAUAGAAAAAAACUUUACGGGCUAAUUGCUGAAAGCGAGUUCCGUGUAGUUCAAGUACACCAUAAGAAAAGUCUUCACUCCCUGAUACUGUUUUAGAGUAAUGGCAACGGAUUUGGAUGUGUUUGUAGGAAACACAACACGGAUAGAUGAAGAAGCUUAUCAGCUGUGGCUCGAUGGAUAUUCUGUUUUAGAUGCUGUCUCUAUUCGGAUCAAGAAUGGGAUCUUGGAACAAACUGGGGCAACAUCCGAUGUUUUGGAAGGUGACACCAUGGAUCACUACCGAACAUUCCAAAUGUUGGAGAGGUUUUUACAUAGUCCUCCAAAACUUGUGAACCAGCUGAUUUUUCAGAUCCCUCCUUACGUCCAAGCAAUGUUGAUCGAGAAGUAUUAUACUUUUGAUGAAGCAUUUGUACGUGAAGUUCUGGGGAAGAAGUUAUCAAAAGGCACAAAGAAAGAUUUGGAUGAUGUCAGUGCUAAAACUAAGAUCACUCUGAAAAGCUGUAGGCGGCAGUUUGAUAACUUUAAGCGGGUAUUUAAAGUAGUGGAAGAGAUGAAGGGGCCACUGGUGGAAAACAUACAGCAGCAUUUCCUGUUGUCAGACAGGUUGGCACGGGACUAUGCAGCCAUUGUAUUUUUCGCUAACAAUAGAUUUGAGACAGGAAAGAAGAAACUGCAGUAUUUGACCUUUCAGGAUUUUGCUUAUUGUGCAGAACAGUUAAUUCAAAACUGGACACUUGGAGCUGUUGAUCACAUGGCUGAUGACAUUGAUGUUGAUCUAGAUAAAGAAUUUCUUCAGGAUCUCAAAGAUCUCAAGGUGCUCAUUACAGACAAAGACCUUCUGGACCAACACAAAAGCUUGGUCUGCACUGCACUUAGAGGGAAGAUUAAUGUCUAUAGUGAAAUGGAAGCAAAUUUCAAGAAUCUGUCCCGAGGCUUGGUGAAUAUUGCAGCUAACCUCUUGCACACGAAAGAUGUGCGUGAUUUCUUCAUUGACCUUGUUGAAAAGUUCAUUGAGCCUUGUAAAGCUGAAAAAUGGAAUGCAAAUGAUGUCCAGUUUUUCUUAACGAAUUAUAUGAAAGCAGCACGUGCUCUGGAUGCGUUUAAGCACCAAGGUGUGUGGGAGAGGUACAUGGGAACCGUUCGAUGUUGCAUUCUAAAGAUGUAUCAUGACUAAUUGUUUGAGGUUGAGCAGAGAACCCCUGUCUCUGACACUUACUUUAUUCCUUGUAAAGCCAUCUCAAGAAGUGGAAGGACCUCCUGUUGGUAGAUUUUUGAGGCAGCCAGCCUUGAAGAACAAGAUUACCGAUAGAUAUGAACUUAAGAAAUACCAUCAUAAAGGAAAUCGGUAGACAGUGGCACCAUGGUGUUAUAAAGUGUCACUGAUUUUAUUUUCAGCUUCUUCAUGGAAUCAUAUUUAAGAACAGGAACCAUCACUGCUGUCAGGAAACUGUCCUGUUAGUUUUACAAAGCUGUGACACUGUUGUUAGAGGACAGUUAAAUUUCUUGCAUUGUUAUUGGUAAUUUAAGUAAGGCUUAUGGUAAUCAUACUCAUAGUCAUUAAUUUGUUUCACAUUGUAGCUGUUACUUCAAUAGACAAAAUAUCUGAAGUUUGUGUUCUUAAUGUGCAAGUUUGAAAGCCAAGUAACACUGCUAGAUUUCAGUGCAAGUGUCAAAACAAUUGCUGGCUGCUUGAAUAGUCUGUCGAUAAUGUGGGUAUUCUCAUAGUCAGAGCUUACUUUAAGAGUUACAGGAUUUGUCUUGCAGAAUAAUGUGUUGAUAGCAGUAUUUCAUGCAUCUAUUUUUAUAUGAACAUCUUAGAUACAAUGUUAUGCUUUAAGCUUAUAUCUUCUGGACCCGCAUUUAUUUGAGCUACAGCUCUCUGUCUAGUCCAGUGCUCUAUGUGCUCUCUUUUUUCAUGAGAUGUGACAGUGAGAGCAAGGCAAUUUUCACUUACAACCUAGAGCAGUAGGGGAGGGUUACCAUAUCUUUUCUGUAACAGCAUUUAUACUGUACAAAGGCAUGGUUUCAGUCAGUGAAAAGUCCCUGGUACAAACAAUCCCUUACUGUCAAUUUAUAUAUACCUUCCAAGCUGAUGUAACCCAGGUCUGUACCUGUGGUCUGUCCUGCAGUAGCAUCUUUCAUUUAAAUAAUGGAACUGGAUGUAAACUGCUUGAUGCUACCUUUAUGCUGACUUUGUGCACUGGAGAUUGCUAAUUAAGCCACAAUCACCAGUGGUUUAGUGUUAAAAAAAAUCCUCUUGUGUCAGUGGAUGGGCUGGAAGUCCCAUUGUAUUUUGAGAGGCUGUACACCAAUAGACUGGUGCAAGUACUGAGUGUAUUGCAUAUUGUGUGGGUGGGUGUUUUGGAGUUUAAAUUACAGUGGGUGGUAUUUAAUCAUAAGUAGCACCAGUGGGUGUAAUCAGUGGAUUCUAGAUGAAUUUUUGAUGGGAGGGAGAUUUGAUUUACCCCAGUGGAAGUAGAAGGUCAGAGGAGUUAGUGGGUGCUCUCUUAUUUUUUAUGAGUUCUGUUAUCGGAUUUGUUUUAACAUUUUAUCUUAACUUCUGCCUAAGCUCUUAUUUUGAAAUCACUUCCAUUUUUGUUAAAUGCUUUAUUUUAACCAGAUAGCUAAGCUUCUGCUCGCAUCUGUUAGGAAAAUGUCCUUUCAAAUUACGAGCUUCAUAUUGGAAAAGAUGAUCCUGCGCAAAGAGCAUUACAACUUAAGUCACACCUCUCUGACCUUUUAUAACCAUCUCAGAUUUCGUAGUACCACUGAGUAUGUCUUAGAAUUCUAAAUUGAGAACAGCUUGAUCAUACCUUUACUGCUGCCCUUAUUUAGCCUUAGACUGAUUUUUUUGCAUACCAUGAUUAUGGAAUGCCUAAUUUUACCAAACAGCAUGUGAUAGCAUAGUUAACAACAUAGUAAACAACCAUCUUUAAAUUAAAAUAUCUUGUGAUUUUAAUUAUUUCCAGCACUUCAUAAAUGCUUAAUAUCAAUUAAAUUAGAAGAAUAUAUAGCUUUAUGUAUGCUGUUAAGAAUUUUAAGAACUACAUCUGGUAUGUCUGUAUGUGUAUUUUUUUUAAUAAAACAUCAGUAGAAGCAUUUUAUAUUGUAUUCCAAAACAUUUAUAUGCUUCAAGAAUCAGACUUCACCUUUUGUGUUUGAUACAUGAAUGUUUGAUUGUGUUAACUGAUUACAGCCCACUAAGUCCAUAGUCUCUUUUCAGGGGAUAACUGAGAAAGUAUUUAGACUGACUGCAGAAAUUUGUAUGACUGAGACUUGAUAAACCAGACUCUGUAGGAUUGUUUGCCUUUAUUGUAUUUUUUAAUUCAUUUGUUAACCAGGUAAAGCCACUAGGCCGACAUGCCCCAUUUCAGGGGUAUCCCAGGAGAACUGUUUGACUAAAUUGUUUUUUCAGAGUCUCACAGUAGACAUGUGAACUGUUGGAUUCAAACCUAGUACUACAGGAUGAUUAACUGUUUAUAAUUUUAAUGUUCAUCCAUUGGAGAUUAAUUUCAUAUUUGACUGUUAACAAAACUAAAAUACGAUGUAUUCAUGCACUAACCAGGUGACAUUGUUAACCUUUCACACUUUGUUUCCCAUUUGUAGUUAGUGUUUUGAUUGUAGACUUUUAUUGCUGCAAUACCAACAUGUUUGUCUUCUCAGUUUUGUGUUGCUAAGUUAUCCAUUGACCCUUCAUUGAUUUUUUACUCUAUACAGCAUAACAAACAAUCCACUGUUUCCUGGUUUUAUUGUGUUGUGCUGAAAGAAAAGCUCUCUCCAUUUAAAGAAAAAAAUAGCCUGAGGCAGUGAGAGAGAUCAGUUUAUGAAGAUUGCUGAACUACUAAUACAUUAUAAAUUAUUUUUCCUGGAGUCUUUUCAGUGCAUACAAUACAGAGUAGCAUUAUACUAAUCUUGAGAUAUUAAAGGGUUCCAGUUUUAUAUG